CAUUAAUGGAUCAAAAAAGCAAUGGGUUUUGAAUACUACUUGUUUUGGAGGUUUAAUAGUCUGAAGAAUUUAUAUUGCUUGAAAGUACUUCACGAAGCAAGUUAGUAAGAGGCAGGUAAAUGCUAGUGACCAAAGAGUCUAUACUAACCAGCGCUGUGUAUAACGUGCGAUGGAUUUCGAGAUAGUAAGAUCUUCUGUGCUGAAAUUGGUUCAAGAAUCAAAAAGUAAAGGAAACUUUUCCCUUAACCGUUUGGCUGAACAUGUAUAUUCUAUGUUACAAUCCGAGUUAUUGGUCAGAUGUUAUGAUAUUGUAAACAUUGUUAAUCGUCCUUCUAUUUUGGACGAGUUGGACAAUUAUAUACCUUAUGCAAACAUCAAUGAAGUUCAAACAGGUUUGCCUCCAUUUUCAAUGGAUCAACUUAAAAAAAGAAUCACUGGCUUACAUUUACCGUACGGUACAGGUAUAUUCACUAUCCAGUUGCCUGAUUAUCAACCUCGAUUCGGAUAUCGAAGGUCAGGUAUUGUUCUUCGACAAGCAGUCAUUAAAGGGGAAGUAGAAAAUUUAUUUGUUUCAGGAGUAGAACAUGGUAGUCCAGCAAGCAAUGCAAUGGAUUUGCAUAUGGGAGAUCGUAUAUAUUCAAUAUCAGGUUACCCAUUAGACUGGCAUACAUUAGAACAACUAAGAUACAAGCUAAUUGAACUGGAUGGAUUGGCACCAAAUUCAAAUAUUUACGAUUUAGCAAACUAUCUACUUAAUAGGCCUUAUCAGAACACUGGGAUUUCCCGCGAUCAUAAUUAUAAUAGAAAUAGUAGUGUUUAUAAAGUUCCUAGCGAACAAACUAGUUUAACAGAUUUUAAACCACCAGUUCUUGUCAUUUUUCGUUAUCCAAAGUCAAAUUCAUUGUGGUCCAAUCAAAUAGCUAAUAACGAGACAAAUGAAUUACCAACGGCAGAGAAUAACAGUUUAUUCAGUUGUUAUGAAACAGUUCUUGAAAAUGAAGGUAAUGAAAAUGGGCUUGGUCUACAGAUAGGAUCCAAUCAAGAUAAUACAGGAAUUCACAUUGUAUCUAUAUUCAAAAAUAGUCAAGCUGAAAGAGAUGGUGUUUUAAGAGAAGGUGAUCGUGUAAUUGAGGUGAAUUAUCAGAAGCUUGAGGGAUUAGAAAGUAAACAAGCUUUGAAAAAAGUUAAAAGUAUAUGUCGUAACACUAAAUAUGUACAAAUUAAAUGUUCAAGAAAUAAUCAAACUAAUAAUAAUAAUAAUCAUUUGAUAUCACCUUGUGAUGAUAAAAAAGAACAGCUUGAAGACAAUAAUCUACAUGAUCCUAUAUUGAAUAAUGAAGAUGUUAAUAAUAUUAGUAUUGAUGUGAAAAGUGUUUUAACUCGGACACAAUCACCGACAAUGAAUAAUUCAGAUACAUCUAUAUAUGAUUCUCAAGAUGAUUCUGUCUUAUUUUAUAAUUGUAAAUUCAACCAACCUGAUGAAGAAUGCAUGAAUGAGACGGAUAGUAAUGAUAAAAGUUUGUUGAAAAAGUGGUUAGAUGUAUUCAAUCCUGAUGUUGAAUUAUUGUUAGUAUAUUAUGACAUCAAAAAUUCAAAUUGUGGUUUGGGUAUUGGCGUCGGGGAUACUGUAGAAGAUGACGAAAUAUUUGGUGAAAAUCAACAUCGUCAUUAUAUAAUGGAAAUUAAUCCUGAAGGACCUAUUGGCAAAGAUGGAACCUUAUCUAUUGGAGAUGAGCUACUUGAAAUUAAUAAUGUUGUUAUCGUUAACAAAGAUCAUUUAGAGAUCUCCAGUAUUUUUCCUACUAUUCAUUCUGAAGGAUAUUUAAUAUGUGCUCGUUAUCCAAAUAAAUCUCGAAUUGAUAUCAAAGUAGAGAGUGAAAAUGAUGAAUUAGCCAGUGUUGUUUUCUUCACUCAAACUCUAAGUGAUGGUGAGAUUCCUAAUGACGAUUUCAAUGAGCAGAUUUCGGAUAAUAAUCUUUUCAAAGAAACCAAUUCAGGAAUUAAAAAUAACAUAGCCUUAGCACCACCGAACAAUGAAGAAGGAAUUGAUAAACAUUCUGGAUCUGAUAUUGAUGAAAGUCGAUAUCCAAUAAAACUAUUGACGAUUUCUAAUUCUGCUCUGCAGAAUAAAAGUUCCAGUCUUGAAUUCCAAAGUGAAGAUAUUCAAACUGAUAAAAUGAUAAACGAAGAUAUUAAACCAGAAAUUGAUAAGAAUAACCUAAUAAUGAGUGAUCAGAAACCUAUCGAACCGACACUAAUAAGUUCACUACAACGUCUACCAAUGGCUGUUAAAUUAGUGAAAUCCAUGGAAAAAUUACCGUCUCAAGUAUCCGGUUCAAUUUCUGAAAAUAAUAAUCCAGACCAUACUAAUCUGAUUCAAUCGAAUGAAAUAACCAAUCGAAAUGAUGAUAAUGAUGUGUUAACUGUUAAAGUUUUGAAAAAAGCCGGUGAAAUACUUGGUUUAGAACUGGAAUUAGAAAGUGGAGAUGAAAGAGGUAUAAAACUUGCACAUAUUACUCCUGGAAGUCCAGUAGAUCGUUUGAAAUAUUGGAAUAAAUACAAAUCUAUGAAUUAUAUUCAAACUGAUUCAGACUAUUCAAAACUUUCAGAUACUUCUUGUAUAAAUGGUGAUCAUUUACGCAUUCCUACUGCUGGUGAUCGAAUUCUAAGUGUAUCAGAUUACAGUUUUCAAAAUAUGUCAGCUUUUACAGCAUUAAGAUUAUUAAGAAAAUUGAUUUCUUAUUCUGGUUUUAUAAAAAUCAAAUUUAUACCCAAUGAAUAUUUUGGAAAUAAUCAAUUGAAAUACAAUAAUCAAUGUAGAAUGUUUCCAUCAGAACCAAAUUUAACAAUUAAUUAAUUAAUUAAUUACAUAAUUACCAAUAAACUAAAGAACUAGUUAUCUUCAUACUUUAUUAUUAUUAUUAUUAUUUAAUAUUGAAUUUUAACUAAUAUUUUUAAUUUAUCUUUUA